AUGGCAUCUUGUUUGGUUUUUCAGGUUCUACUACAGUUGGACCCAUUCCUCAAUGAACUCACGAGCAUGUUCGAGAAAAGCAAAGAGAAGGGUUCUGUGUGGGUUACUUUGAAAAGAUAUGUCUCGUUUAUAGAAGUGAUAUUACUUGUGUCAGCAACUUUGAAGUCUAAGCUGCAGAAGAGGAAACUGAGUUCAGCUGGAGAAACCAUGGAGUACAGAUGCCUUAUUCGAGCAACUGAUGCAAAGAAAACGAUUUCUACAUCGGUUGGGGCUAAGGAUCACCAGAGAUUCCAAGCAUCAUACGCUACCAUUCUUAAGGCCCACAUGACUGCUUUGAAGAAGAGGGAGAGGAAAGACCGGAAGAAAUCCACAGAGGCAGAGAAGAAAGAAGGCACCUCAACCACUAAGCCCAAGAAACCUUGA